CAGCAGCAGCAGCAGCAGCAGCAGCGGCGCCCGAGAUGCUGAAGAGCUGCGGCAGGAAGCUGCUGCUCUCGCUGGUGGGCUCCGUGCUGACCUGCGCCCUCAUGCUGCUGGCCGACCAGCAGAAGCGCCAGGUGCUCAGCCUGGCCGGCGCCCCGGGCGAAGCGACCGGGCUGGGGCUGCUGCGGCAGCUGCGCGGCGGCGGGCCGGGGCCGGCGGAGCAGAGCGGCUUCGGCGCCUACUUCAGCCGGCUGAGCCGCGCCAAGCGGGACGUGCGCGCCGAGGGCCAGGGCGAGGGCGGCGGCGGGCCGGCGGAGGGGGCUCAGCGGCGGCGGGAGGAGCUGUGGCCCCGGGACGUCUUCAUCGCUGUCAAGACCACCAAGAAGUUCCACAAGGCCCGCCUGGAGCUGCUGCUGGACACCUGGAUCGCCCGCCACCCGGACAUGACCUUCAUCUUCACAGAUGGGGAUGACCAAGAACUGAAGAAGAGGACAAGAAACGUCAUCAACACCAAUUGCUCUGCCGCCCACAGCCGCCAAGCCCUGUCGUGCAAGAUGGCAGUAGAGUACGACAAGUUCAUCGAAUCUGGGAGGAAGUGGUUUUGCCACGUGGAUGAUGAUAACUACGUGAAUGUGCAGAUGCUGAUCAAGCUCCUCUCCAGUUAUCCUCACACGCAGGACAUCUACAUUGGAAAACCCAGCUUGGACAAGCCCAUCCAGGCAACCGAGAGGAUCAGCGAGAACAAGAUGCACACUGUCCGCUUCUGGUUUGCAACUGGCGGUGCUGGUUUCUGCAUUAGCCGUGGACUAGCGCUGAAGAUGAGUCCUUGGGCUAGUGGAGGUCACUUCAUGAGCACAGCGGAAAAGAUCCGCUUGCCGGAUGACUGCACCGUUGGGUACAUCAUCGAAUCCGUGCUGGGGGUGAAACUUAUCCGAAGUAACCUCUUCCAUUCCCACCUGGAGAACCUCCAUCAAGUGCCCAAGACAGAGAUUCACAAUCAGGUGACUUUGAGUUACGGAAUGUUUGAAAACAAGAGGAAUUCCAUCCAUAUGAAAGGUGCCUUCUCCGUCGAGGAGGAUCCAUCCAGGUUCCGUUCCGUCCACUGCAUGUUAUAUCCUGACACCCCUUGGUGUCCUCUGAACGUAGUUUACUAAGAGACAAUGAGCCCCCCCUUCUUGAGCCUCGUCCCGAGUUUCUCCGGUAUCCGAAGGCCUCGUGGGACCUGUGUGCGUGCGUGCGUGUGUGUUUCCUUUGCUGCAAAGCGAUUGCCUGUUAAUUACUGUGGUUAAUUCACAGUGUUUGUACGUUUAUAGGCUGCUGUGCGGCCCUUCUGCCCCCUUCUAACCCAGCUGCCCUCUAAGCGAGCUGAGCGAGUGGGUAUUCUCAGCGCUUCCUGCCGUUUUUGAUCGGGCAGGUGUUAGGCAGGUGGGAAGGAACUGUCCUUGCGCCCAAGUGGCUUUUGGUCGGUGGUUCUGGCAAUAGGUGUAAAAGACACCACCUCCCAGCAACCAACUGGGACACUUUUGAAUUCUUAGGGAAUGGCCGUGGAUUUGCUUUCCUUGGCUUGUCCACACUGCAGGGUUUUUAAAAGCAGUGUGAGUUAGAAGAGGGGGGGAAAGAGGCACUGCUCAGCCAAAAGGAAGCUCUUCUAUAAAAGCUCAGUUGAGCUCCACAGGAGAAGCAAAGAAUGUGCUUUAACACUCCAGUUCUGAGCAGAGUCGCAGGUGCCCCCUGCUUUGGACUGGCGUUGCAAGCGUCAAAAUCGAUCGGGCGUAAAGGUGCUCUUAAUUGGCUGGCUCAUGCCUUAAACCUUAACCCGACACCUUUCUUUCUGCCCUGUUUUUCUUACAUCCAAUCCAUGCAAGUUCUAGAAGCACGCCUAGUGUUAUCUUUUAUUGUUCCUUCCCACCUUACUAGGCUCCGGCUAAGUUUUCAAAUGAAGGUUUACAUGUUCAUAGGUUGUCGUUUCUGAUAGUUAACUUUUUUUUUUUAUAACGAACUCUACCCUGUUCCCUUCUGGAGUAUAUUUGUUUCUAACUGUCUGAGUCCCAAAGGACUUUUUUAACAAUUAAAAAAAUGUUGCAUCGGGAGCUGGACUUGGGGGGCUCCCGGCUCUCUCGUUUGCAUUGAAAGGAGACAAGGUGUGUGGUGGGAAGCCCAGAGUCAGGCGCCAACUGUGCUGGUUCCUUACCUCUUUGUGCUGAAUACGAGCCGUUCCUAAAAAUGAGAUUGGACGGCUUUGUUGUUUGGAUGCAUGCCUGAUGUGGAAGGGCACAUCAGGUAGAUACAUACUGAACGGCCAAUCUAUUGCUGGGUCUCCCUUCAGUGUAAACUCUCUUUGCCCGCUUGUCAUUUCUAUUGGGCCAUCUUUUACCAACAACAGGCUACCCGGGGUCAUGUCUCAAAAGGCACCGCUUGAACAGCUGCUCCACUCCAGACAAACUGAAAGAUCAUGAUGUUUCUGCGCAUGGGGAUUUUGUAUGCAUCACAGAGGUGCAUGAAAGAGCCUGUGUCUUCUGCACACAGCGCACUUGUGCUGCUAAGCGAGCCUUCCCUGAAGCUCACCCCUGAUUGCAAGCCUGCUUCUGGAUCAGGGGCUACUCAUGUCAUCCGGCUCCACAUGUUCAGCCUGUGAAGUUGGAUAAACUACCUUGAAAAGGAGGCUCAGGGCAGAUCUUAUCUGGCUGAACAGAUAUCUGUGAGUGGAUAUUAAAAACUACACGUUUUUGUUUCUCGCCUCUAGUGAACCUCUCUGCCAAGUGAUGCCCCCCCCCCCUCCAAACGGCCAAUACAGAACAGAAAUGUAUUUCGUGGCAUUCACUGUAAAGGAGAGGACCCUCUUGGCCACCUUGCCAUUCUACAGACUCUGGGUGGAAGUUAUUUGCGUCACAUGGAGCUGUCUCUAGCAAAGGGGGCUAAACCAACUAAACAUUUCCCCCUCCUUUACUUUGCUCCAGUUACUUUUGGAAAGGACUUUAGCGGUCCCUCUUAACAACACAGGCCCAUUUUUCCUUACAGAUUUUUUUCUAUUCCCUUUGGAGAGGAAUAGCCAAAUCCCUUUUUUUUUUUAAGAGAUGCAAAGCGUGACAGUCAUAGGGUGGAGCAGGCUGGGCUCCCCAGCAGAGGCGGGACUACUUCUUGCCACACUUUCAGUGUACUCCUAAGCAGAGUUACACCAGUCUAAGCCCAUCGGUUUCUUAGAAUUGCACUGUUUGUUGCUGUGCUAAAGAUGUGGGUAAUGGGCUCCCCUGUACUGGAAUAUAGUGAGAUAUAAGCAAGGCCAAGUUACCUGGUGAUUCUUACGAAGACCCCAGAGAGAAAGGAGAAACUUUUUUUUUGCAAUUUGCUGAAUAUGUAUGUUUUUCUCCUGGCUGAACUUCUUCUCUCCCAGUCUCUUUUCUUCAUGGCUCUGUGGGCAGAGAAAGUGAGAGGUGAAGAUGCCCAUUCCAAAUGCGAAAAUGGCCCAUAAUGGGCGGUAGUUGUAAAUAAUCUUAUUGCAACAGUAUUAUUUACUGUGUCUUCUUCUUGAUGUUUAAAAUGGAGACUUGUGUGGCUUUGUAAAACUGUGGAUUUGUUUUUAUUUUACAUGGUUUUUUUCCCCUGUAGAUCAGAGGGAAAAAAAAUCCCACUUCUAUAAAAUCUGUUUAAAGAGUGAAAUGAAAAAAAAAGUUUCUUAUAACUACUACUUAUCCUUAAUUUAUACAUCCCAGUAUCUGGGAUAUUGCUUUGUUUCCUUUUUUCAUAAAGUAGUGUGGGUUGUUUAAAAAACCAGCGAAAGGGGUAAAAACGUAACAAGGAUAAAGUAUGUUCUCAGGGAAUUAAACCUGAUUGUUACCACAGCGACUCAGUGGUAGCCAUCUUUUCUGUGCUUUCAAUAAAGCAGCUUGUCGGCUGAUCAAUCGCA